AUGCUGUCGCAGGAGCUUCUGAAAAUCCAAGGUCAAUUGGCUCCCGGCAUCACUCUCGUAUCAGCAGAAAACCUCAAGACAUGGCUCAUGGACAUCCAAGUCAUGGACGCAAACCCCAUCUACCAAGGCAACAUCUUCCGUCUCAAGUUUGAGUUCAGCAACAACUAUCCGAUAGAACCACCGGAAGUCGUCUUUGUGCGUCAUUCUGACCGCCCCAUCCCCAUGCACCCUCACAUCUACACCAACGGCAUCAUCUGUCUGGACUUGCUCGCUGCUCAAGGCUGGUCACCGGUCCAGAAUGUUGAGAGCAUUUGCUUGAGCAUUCAAAGCAUGUUGACCGGCAACUCCAAGAACGAGCGUCCUCCUGGUGACGCCGAUUUCGUCAGAAACAACCGUCUCCGCCCUCGCGAUGUUGCUUUCCACUUCCACGACAAUGAGGUUUGA